CUGGUUAGAUCGCUUUCAAGCCCUCAUUGACAACGAGCUCACGGCCUUCGAACUGCUCCGCAGACCAUUCCGUAUUUGUUGCUAUCCAAGUGUAGGGGUUCAAUGGCCUCCAUCCUCUCUCAACCCGAUCGACAGCUUCGAUCCUCCACCGUAUGCCAGCUGUCCUCCUGAUGGUCUUGAGCUUUGUGUGGGGAUGAUACUCGACCGGUUUCCCUCUUCCUUAAGGACGACACAGCACUCCCCAGCGGGGCGGAAUAUUGUGACUGCGAUGAAUCUCUCCCCAUCCCUACCAACGAGCAGGAGUCCAUACUGUGGGAUUUGAUGCAGACGUCUCGCUAUCUACGAGCAUGCGCUCGCCCGCAGUAUAUGACAGCGACUGCGCACCUGGUUUGCGCCUACGAACUCGAGUUUUAUAUGACGAGUCCCUUCGUCGAGCUGCAACCACGAUGCCGCUCAGUUUUUGUAUACCUUAGCGGAAUGCCAGGAACACCGCCUGUUCCACUCCAUCCUUUCCUGGGGUUUGUUGAGUUCCUGCCGGACCUUAUAGGACACCAUAUAAACAAGUCUUGGAAAAAUCUCAUCAGUCUCUUCCGGUUUCGAAACGAGACUUGGAUGAAGCGUCUUCGAGAGAUGACGAGAAUGUCCGUGGACCGGAGCGGCAACGUCUACAUGGUACCAUUGAUCCCGGCACCGGAACACCCCACAGGGAAGUGCGACAGCGAUUGGCGUGGACUCCGGGACCCGCAGCAUCGAUUAUUCAAGAGGGGCUGGAAGAAAGGAGAUAUCGAGAAGGUCGACUGCAAGAAUGGAAUGAUCAGUGUUGUGCCGAGCCGGAAAGUCAUUUCGUCACGUCGCGAGCUCUCCGACGUAGGAAUCAAUGAGAAGCUCAUUCGCCAACAGCUCGACGAACCGGUGUACCUCAGACUUUUUCCUGUCUGCUGGCUGUGAUGUGGAGGGACGACGUGUUGGACGACGCGGGUGAUGACACAUAAAAAGCACUGCUCUGAUGUGGAGGGGAAAUCCAGUGAUGAAGGGGACAGUGACGAUGGGGACAGUGACGAUAGGGAUAGUGACGAUAGGGAUAGUGACGAUGGGGAUAGUGACGAUGGGGG